AUGUCUGCAGACACCCCUGCCAGGGAUCCUGUAUCUGAGCAGACGCCCCUGCUUCGGGAUGUGCCCGACGGCACUUCCAAUGGGGAUGCCCCACUACCCCAGGAGCCAAGCACCAAGGAACUGAUCUGGAUCCUUGGGAGCAUCUGGCUCGGUGUUUUCCUAGCUGCGCUGGAUACCACAAUUGUUGCCACACUUUCUGCGCCCAUCUCGUCGUCCUUCAACUCCUUCUCACUGCUCUCGUGGCUAGCCACCUCUUACCUGAUCUCUAAUGCAGCCUGUCAGCCUCUCAGCGGCCGAUUGACCGAUAUUUACUCGCGCCGAUGGGGCCUAGUGUUCUCUAAUGUCUUCUUCGCUAUCGGAAACCUGAUCUGCGGCCUGGCCAGGGCGCAGUGGGUUAUCAUCCUUGGUCGCGUCGUGGCAGGUGUCGGAGGAGGUGGUCUUUUCGCGAUCUCGACGUUUGUUACAUCGGAUUUGGUCCCUCUUCGCAAGCGAGGCGUCUGGCAGGGCAUUGGAAACAUCUGCUAUGGUGCUGGUAUGGGACUUGGAGGUGUAUUCGGAGGGUGGAUCAACGACACUCUGGGAUGGCGAUGGGCAUUUUUGCUCCAGGUUCCCUUCCUGGCUGUGUCGUGCGCUCUAGUAGCUGUCAAGGUCAAAAUUCCCGCGAGAGAAUCGGAUACUGCGCGCAUCAAGCGGGUGGACUUCCUCGGCGCCAUCACCUUGGUACUGACCCUGGUGACUUUGUUGCUUGGCCUCAACACCGGCGGAAACCAAGUACCUUGGUCCCAUCCGCUGGUCAUAGCAUCCUUAGUUGCGUCCGUUGCCUUUUUAGGUCUCUUUAUCUACGUGGAAGCCUACGUUGCUACAGAGCCUGUCAUUCCAGUGCGCCUCCUGCUAGACCGCACUGUGGCAGCUGCUUGUCUGACCAAUUGGUUCACCACCAUGGCCGUCUUUGGACUGCUCUUCUAUUUGCCUGUCUUCUUCCAGGUCCAAAAACUAUCUGCAACUGCUGCCGGUGCCCGAUUGAUUCCACAGGCGAUCGGUACCUCAAUCGGGUCUUUGGGUUCGGGUAUCAUCAUGCGCGCCAGCGGUCGGUAUAUCUUCCUCAACUACGUUGCCAUGGCUCUGCAGGUGAUCUCUGCUGGCCUGAUCUGCACUUUGAAUCUCCACACCCCUGUUGGGCUGCCAUUCCUCUAUUUCUUCUUGGGUGGUGCGUCCUAUGGCAGCAUGCUAACCAUCACGCUGGUGGCCCUUAUCUCCGCUGUUGACCACCAGCACCACGCGGUUGUGACGUCCGCCUCCUAUGCUUUCCGCAGCACUGGUAGUACGAUUGGUAUCACAAUCGCUUCCGCUGUCUUCCAGAACACCUUGAAGCUCGGGCUAUGGUCUCGUUUUGGUGAUCGUGAGGACGCCAAUGAGCUAAUUGGACGUUUGCGGGAUAGCUUAGACGAGAUCUGGAAGCUUCCCGCAGACUGGACACCGGGAGUGCUUGAUGCCUACAUGAAUUCCUUGCGGGCCGUGUUCGUGACACUGUUGGGCCUCACCGUGCUAGGGGCACUAUCGAGUCUUGCCAUGAGAGGGCAUAAGCUCCACAACAACCUUGCCCGAAAAUAG